UACACUGAAUACCAAAACACCUAACGAUUAUCGCGGACAAAGUCCUAAUGGUUAAAUUAACUUAUAGUCUUAUACUAUCGCUUCUGAUCAGCGCGUGAUGAUUUACACCAUUACAUAGCCAAUGCCACAGACGCCUUAUCUUAAACACCGUGAGGGCAAAUUUCUGCUGUGAUGUUUGAGGAAUAUAUUGAAGAUUGGUUGGAUGUACUAAUUUUAGGACUCGAGCCGGGUGAUCAGUCACGACAAUACGAUUCGUCAGAUUGGAAGGAGUAUUUCUGUGUACUUGAACGCGAUCCCCCAGCUAUACGGAUAUUUUUGGAUGAACAAGAAUAUGAUGAUUAUCAAAACUAUCCAAGCCCCAUCCACAGUCCUCUGGGACGCAGACCGUCGUUUGGAAAUCUUCUAAGAAACGGUCCAGAAUCAUUUCGAAGGUGUGCUAGCCUAGGAGAUCUGGUCUCACCUGAACGUUCCUCGUCACCUGUCUAUCUCUUUCGUCGUCGGCUCUCGUCGGGUAUCGGAAAUCUCUUGGCAUUGGGACGCCUUGAAAAAGUCACCGAAGAAAGAAACUCGAACCCUCCAAAGAGGUGGAAAAUCAACAAAUCUAAAAGACCAAAAGACGGUCUUUCGAAUACGCAGAAGACUGGGUUCACUUCGCAACAACAGGAAUCAGCGACUAUAACGGACUCAGUAGACUUGGCAGUUGAUGGAAAGGUUGAAGUGCGUGCAGUACAUCCGAGUAUUAUUGGCCAUCAGUAUUGUUUUGUGAUUUCAAAUUCUCUUGAAACGAAAUACUUCUCGUGCAGAUCAGGCGAGGAGAUGAGCAAAUGGAUUUCAAGUGUGAAGAAGGCUCUGGAUCCUUCAAGAGAUCUUGAGUGUCGGACAGAUAUCAGUCUCUCUUUGUGGAUCGUUGAAGCUAAAGGUUUAACAAACAAGAAAAGGUAUUUCUGUGAACUUCUUCUUGACAAUGUUUGUUACGCCAAGUCAUCAGGAAAAUCUUGUCUCAAGAAUGACACCUUGUUCUGGGGAGAACAGUUUGUCUUUGAAGAUCUUCCAGAACUCUCCAUGAUUCAGAUAAACGUUUACAAGGAUUAUGACAAGAAAAAGAAGAAAGAUAAAUCAUCUUUAAUAGGAACGAUUGACAUUCCGACAAAUUCCUUGGCCUUGGGUCAAGAAAUGGAAACGUGGUAUCCAAUAUCUCUGGUAUCAACAGCGCAUAAUGAAGGCGCUUCACUGAGAAUACGUUCUAGAUACCAGCGUAACUUAAUUCUUCCUCUUGGAAUCUACAACGAACUUUUGGAGUUCUUGAAGAACAACUACAGCAGUUUGUGUCAUUUUCUCGAGUCAGUGUUAAGCGCAAAGGCUAAGGAUGAAAUUGCCAAGAUCUUGGUCCGAAUUUUACAAUCGUGUGGAAAAGCAAAAGAGUUUCUUAUCGACCUGGUGACCACUGAGAUGGAGAAGUCAGGCGAUGACAACCUUCUCUUUCGUGGAAAUUCUUUUGCGACGAAAGCCAUGGAUUAUUACAUGAAAAUGGUCGGGGAAGAGUACUUGGAACAAACUCUUGGAGAUUUUGUGAAGUCUGUUUAUAAAUUUGAAGAGGAUUGCGAGGUUGAUCCGUCCAAAGUUCCUAGCAACCAGCUUGAACCAAAUCAAGAAAACAUCAAAGCACUUGUCCAGAAAGCUUGGAAUCACAUUGUUUGCUCAGCGGACGAUUUCCCGAGGGAGUUAGUGGACAUAUUCACUGAAGUCCGAGACGCAUUUCCAUAUGCCUCAAGUAAAGCGUCAUGCCUGAAACUUAUUUCGGGCACUGUAUUUCUACGCUUUUUGGUGCCUGCAAUUCUUUCACCAAGUCUAUUUGGCCUCGCACAAGAAUAUCCAGCCGAGCAUACAUGUCGAACGUUAACCCUUGUAGCCAAAGUUAUACAGAAUCUAGCAAAUGGACUAAGAUUCGAUCAAUCAAAAGAGGGCUAUUUGGAAUUUAUGAAUUAUUUUAUUGAUGAUGAGAAAAGAGGCAUGCGAGAGUUCUUAAAGAAUGUAUCGACAAAAACGGAAGAAAACGAUCCUGACUACAAUGGAUGUGUUGAUCUUGGUAAAGAACUGUCUGCCAUGCAAAAUGCACUCAAUGAACAAAUUGAUAAACUGGACAAGGAAGCAUUAAGUCAACUUAGUCCUCUACAAUUCGUUCUGGAAACAUUAAACGACGCUUGCCAAAAUCCUGAUGCAGUUGGUGUAUUCAACCCAAACUCGCUUAUUCUAUCAAAACAUACAUUAUCGGCAAACCUUUACAAAAAACUCGCUACAAAAACGCCGGUUGACACUAAAUUGGAUCACUCAAAAAAGGCUUCUACUUUACGAACUAAACCGGAGUUUCACGAUGCUGAACUCUCAGACGGCCGCGAAGAUCCAACCAGGAAUAUCAUUAUAAAAGAAACUAAGAAGCGAAAUCAAAGAUAUUAUGAUAUGCGAUCGGGUAACGGACUAAGUCGGGAUUCAUCCGAGUACAGUUCCGAAAGUCCCCGAAGUAGACACGGGCAAUCGGCGAAUCCUCCAAAUUCGGCUAAAAAAAAGAGUUACGUACGAAAAACGGAUAUGCGAAAAACGGAUGUGCGAAAAACGGAUAUGCGUAAUCGUUCUAACACGGACACUGAGGUACGGUCACCACCUCCGAAUGGAAUGCGGGAAUUUCCAACCAGCGAUCUUGGUGAAGACUUUUUAUCAUCAGGUGAAGGGAAUACAACUUCGAUACCACCCCUGCAAAAACUCACGGUACGAUAUGUUAAUCCUACGAGUUCUGCUAAAUCUUCUGGCAGUAGUGGCGGCUCUAAGUGGACUGGGUCCGAUUAUGGGUCACUGCCAAGGAAUUUUGAAAGACUACAGGAGGAUAAUGAAAUUGAAAAAGAAUAUGUGGAAGCUAACACGCGUGAGCAAAAAGAUGAAUCGCGCAGAACGCCGGUUUCGGAACCUGAAGAUGGCGUGUUUGCCAGACCACGUGACUACGGUCAUAAGUACCAUACUCGAUCUUUAGAGGACAUCAUUUCGGUGCACUCUGACCCAGAGUCAACGCGGGCUCUACCACGCCCGCGCCCACGAUCUCUAGUAAUACGGGAUGCGGAAACCGUUGGUGCGUAUGAGAGCAAAUCACUAAAUGUUGAACGAGAGUGGAAAGAAACACGCAAUGCUCCGGGUUCACCUCUGUUGCGGAGGAUUGAUAAGUUUAAAAGACAGUCUGUAUCAAGUAGUUCAAGUGGCGGAAGUUUAGGAGCGAAAACUCCGUCUAGAGAGAUGUUGGAGCGAGAUGGCCGUAGUUUUACUCACCAUCAAAGCAAAGAACAGACAACGCUCCAAGCAAAUGGUUUAAGGGAUAAUGAUGAUCAUAUGUUCAACAAAAGCUCACAGCCACCAGAUUUAUCUGAGCUGAGACGGGAGCUUGAAGAUACCAAGUUGCGGCUUUUUGAAAAACAACGAGAACUAAACGAAGAACGGGCUGCAAUGAAACGAAGACAAAUUGAAAUUGAAGAAAAACUACGGCGAGAACAGGAUUUGAAAGAUAAAGAACUAAGAGCCGUUUACGAGCGGCUAAGCAACGCCGAACAACAACUACGCGAUCAACAGACUGAGAUGGAAGGAACGCUUAAAGCGAAAAAUGUUAUAAUACAAGCUCAAGAACAGAGAAUUAAGUCUUUAAAUACGGAUUAUAAUAAAUUGUUGGAGGCUUUGAAUCAACUACAGAAGACACCGUCUGUGAGGAAUAUGAAUAUUCGUAUUACUGAUAAUUUAUAGCCUCGUGGAAGCUAUGCGAUGAUUAUGGAGUGGAAUCGUGGGAUACCAAGGAUCAAAUGUUGAGGAUAGGCGGUAUUUAAACGGGGCAUUUGUAUAUUGGAGUUGGGGUUAUAUAAUGUACUGUAUGGGAUACCAUUUCAACUUUCAACAACGUUAAUCAAGAUGGUGGUUAUCAAAGAAGAGGUUUUGUGCGAGUUUCUUAAGAAAGGUGUUAUCGUUACCACGUUGUAACGAAGGAAAGUAACUUGACCAAAUAAGAAACUUUUUUUCAAUAUGUUUUCAACUUGUUGUAGAUGCAUUUCCAUUGUUGAAACAAUCGUAUUUAAAUUUCACCAGCUAGUUUACACUAUAUUUUAAACAAUAUUUUUUGCCAUUCAAAUUAACUGUAAAUCAAUACCCACAGUGAUAUUUCAUAAUACUUUUAGAUAAUUUAUGGACAAAGGAUAUAUUUUUACCGUACGUACGUACAAAAUAUAGCUAUAGACUUUUGUAAAUAGCAAAAGAAAUUAUAAAAGGCAAAAUAUAUUUUAUAUACUAAGAUCAA